AAAGGUUAUGAGUAUGUGUUCGCAAUAUGGAACUUUUGUGCUUGUGGUAUAUUAUUUGCAUGUUCCCUUAAGAGACCACGAAAUCCCGAAUUGAAGUAUGGAAGAAACCGCCGAGUAAUAUCUCAUGACACAGUUGCAUCUGUAUGGUCUCUCCUCACUUUCGGGUGGAUGUCAUCGAUGGUUAAGCUGAGUAACAGUCGUAAUCUCACAGAAGAAGACGUAUGGGAAUUACCAUAUAGAUGUCAAGCUGCUCAUUGCUACUAUGAAUUAGAUCG